GAAGUGGAGUGGCAGACAUGGUCCGUGAGGAGUUGUCUGCUCGUCUCAACGACAGGGAGUACAAGAACUGGCUGGUGGCGGGCCGGUGUCUGCUCAUCCUGCGGGACGGCCUGCACCGGUUCACCGACCAACACAUGAGAGCUUUCCACGCAGAUCUGCUCAACCAGAACUCCCUCCUGCGGAGGCCGUGCCAGACCUCCUCAUGCAAACCCACAGGGAAUAAGAUUUCACGGCUAUGCGGACUGUGUUCAGAGUGGCAGAAGGCCAUCCUGGCCCACCACAGACAGCCCGACGCCACCAUCAACUGGGCAAACUGCUUUCCUCCUCACUGGAGGACAAACCACUGGGAGCUGGCCAAGGCCUACAUGCCUCGUGGUCAAGCCAAAGUGAAGGGGGCGGAUCAAUGUGACACUUCUGCUCUCCUCAACCUCAUCAACUACUGUAAAUGCUUCUGGCAUGUGGAUCCCAAGCUGGUUCGACAGGUGAUCCAAUACCGGAAUGAGCUGAUGCACUCUUGUGAGUUUCGCGUCAAGGAUGACUGGAUGAGGCACUACAGGACCACGCUGAGGCAGUUUGUGCAGCAGCUCAGCCAAGUGCCACAGAUGGCAACAGUUGAAAAACAAAUAGAAGAUAUGCUGUCUGUGGAUUUGUCAAUAAGUGUCUUGGGUGUGGACCGAAUGGAUUCGGCCGGGUUGUCGGACGGAUUACAAGCUGAUUCUGUCCCCCAACUGGAGACCAGCCCCGAGAAAAUCAGCCAAUGGGAAAUCGAGCUGCUGCAAGAGAUGUUUCAGGAGUGUAUGCAUGCUGCUCCAGGGGAUGAUGAAGACGCCCUUACACAGGACGCAGAGCAGUUGAAGAGGCUGGGGGGGCUCCUCCAGGCCAACAAAGAUCUCAAUGAGAGGUUUCCCACCAUUCUUCAAACCAUCAACUCCCUGGAAUCCGCUUCAUCGGCAGGACAUGGAGACACAAGUACAUGAACUUGUGUCUGUCAUCUUAAAGAGCUCAUGGACAGUACUAAAGUGGAACAAAGUUCUGUGAUUAUUCUAAGAAACGGAGGGAAACGUAUGUGGACAAUUAAAUCCAUACAUGAGUGUGACUGUAAUGCCUUUAUAUCCUUUAUCUCUUGUUAUAUCUUUACAGAAGCACAUCAAAUACAAAUAGUUGAACUGUUG